AUGGCUAGCCUCUCUCUUCAUGCUGGAAAAUCUGGGACUAAUGAAGCCUGGGCCUUUAUCUCGGACACUCUACGCAAAGCCUCCCUCGACUCCGACCUUGCUGUCACAGUGCCGCCAAAGCCACAGCAGCUACUCCCUCUCCAGAGAAGCAGCAGCCGCAGCCACCACCAUCUCCACAGACAGCUACGGCUUCGCUGCCAGCAAAGCGUGGUCAUCCACCGCACUCUGCCAAACCGCAACAGCCGCCUCCGGAGCACCAGCAGGAAGUGGAGGCAUCGUGCGCCAUCGUUCUGGACGGCCUGCACGUCCUGCUGCCACGUGCACCAGUACGACUGCUCCUACGAGGCGUGCACUGUGCUUUGCCCCAGCUGCUGGUGCCCUUUCUUCGCCUCGGCGAUGCCCACACCUCCACCUAUCGUGCCGGGCACCGACAUGUACUACUGCUCCUGGGGCUUCUUUCCCAUGGGGUUCCCGGGAGGCCCUGCGUUUUGCUGGACCGGCAAAUUCUCUGAUGCAGCAGCCACCUGCUUCUCUGGGAUUUAUCCGAUGGGGCCAUACUUGCCAUUGUCAGCUCAAGCUGGCAUCGUGGAAGGCAAUGUGGCUGGUGGUGUUGGCAGUGAGGCUGCUGUCAGUGCCAAUGUGACAGCGGCAGUGCCGGUGCCAUUGCCAGCAAACUCCACUCAUGUAAAUGUUGGGGCAAAGAAGCGAGUGUGGCCCAAAGGCAGCAAGAAUAAGAAUGUGGUGAUUGAGAUCGAUUAGGAUUAAGACUUUUGGCUUCUACGGCAAUGGAAUCGCGAAUUAGGUACGUUGAGACAGAA